AUGCAAUUCAUCUGGAGUCGCCUGCUGAUUGACGCGCGUGGCUCGGGAUUUAUCCAGAAUGCGCUCUUUCUUACGGCCUUGUCGGCACCCGCCCAGCAAAACGACUCGACGGCGGACAAUCGAGUCAACAUCCUGUCGACGCUGCAUCUGCUGAGUCGCCUCGCUCGGAGGCCCUGGCCUCGGCCACAAUGCGUGAUCACAAAUGUGACACACAUCUUCGGGCCACCUGCACUUAGGGGUAAGGUCGGCCUGCCGUGCGUGGGUCGAGGUGGUGCUCCACCCACAGUGACCACCGGUGUCACCGCACUGGCGACUACCAGGAAGGCCCCACCGUCACGGGCCAGCCCCGGCGCUGCUCCAUCGAGGAAUGCCGCCGUCGAGCCUUGGCCCGACGCCCUUGCAAAACGCUAA